GCGACAGAGACGGAUGCUCGGGGCCGCGAGCCGCGGCGAGAGGGCGCGACGAGUAUUUCUGUUUACCGGCGCGCCGCAGAGGCCGGCCAGCAGCGGUGGGGCAGUGCGCGCCGGCCCACCGACUCUGCGGUUGCAGCCACCGCGUGGCGACGGCCACCACUCGCAGCAGACUUGGCGAUUGCCUUCCGAUGGAAGUCUCGGCAGCAGCUGUUCCAGCUGCUAACAGCGACAGAGCACAAGCAAAGGAUAGCACCGUGAGUGGGCUGAAGGCUCGUGUGGAGCCAGAGCACCUAAACGGCCACUGGCAAACGCAGCACUGCAAGGAAGAUGAGGCCCAUAUCAAAGGGAAGGUGUUGGCCAACGGUACCCUGCUGGAGAAUGGCUCCGUAAGUCACGACCGAGUGUUGGACGCGCACGAGGAGCCUGUGAUCUCUCCAUCUGAGAGGCCGGAGGCUAGUAGGAAUAUCAGUGUGGUAAAUGGGAGUGAUGUGGACGACGGAGGAUGGGACAGAUCCGACGAACAAGUGCGGGAAGCAUCCCCAGGAGAGGAGGAAGAGGUGGACCCGGCUAGCGGAGAGCUGCUGACGGAGGAGCGGCUGGCGGAGACGGAGCGCCUGCUGCGGCGGCACUCUGGGUGCUCGGGCCCGUGGCGGCUGUCUCGCUCGCCGCUGGGCGGCCGCGGCCUGGUGGCGACCCGGGCGCUGUCUGCCGGGGAGCUGGUGCUCAGGGACCCGCCGCUCGUGCUGGCGCCGCGCGCCGCCUCCGCACCACUCUGCCUGCGCUGCCACCGCCGCGCCGCCCCCGACCGCCUCCGGCAGUGCGCCCGCUGCCACAUGCCCGUCUGCUGCGACGCUGCAGGCGACGGCCAGGAGGACCACCACGCCGGGGAGUGCGCGCUGCUGGCGGAGUGGGGGCUGCGUCCGCCGGCAGAGGGCGGCUGGCCGCGGCCGGUGGUUCGCGCCUGCGCCGCCGUGCGCUGCCUGGCGCUGCCCGCCUCCGACCAGAGGCUUCUGGCCGCGCUGCAGGCGCACCAACACCCGCGCUACCGCCAUGAGAUGGAGCUGCUGUCGCGGCUGUGUGGGGGGCGGGUCCCCCCGGAGCGCCUGCGAGCGGCGGGGCGCGCGGCGCGCGUGCUGGACACGAACGCGUUCGAGACACCGCUGGACGGUAGCCGGCGGCCGGAGGCGCUGUCGGGGCGGCUGCGCGGCCUCUACCCGCUGGCCGCCAUGAUGAACCACGCGUGCUCGCCCAACACCACGCACGGCUACGACGCGCAGCACGCCAUGGUGGUGCGCGCCGCCGUCGACGUGGCCCGCGGCCAGGAGCUCACCACGUCGUACGCGCCGCUGAUGUGGGGCACGGCCGCGCGGCGCGCCCACCUGCUUGACACCAAGGGCUUCCUCUGCCGCUGCGACCGCUGCCGCGACCCCCAGGAGUUCGGGUCGCUGCUUUCGGCGCUGCGGUGCGGGCGCGGCGGCUGCCCCGGCGCCAUAGUGAGCGAGGGCCCCCUGGACACGGCGUCUCCGUGGCGCUGCAGCGGCUGUGGCCAGCAGCUGAACGCCACCAAAGUGCGGGCGGUACAGGCCGCGCUGGGCUCCAUGCUGGCCAAGGUGGACACCGGCAGGCCGGAGGCCGUGGCCGCCUACCUGCGCAGCCCGCGCGUCUGCUCGGCGCUCCACCCCUCCAACCAGGUCGCCGUCGAGCUCAAGAGCUGCCUCGUCUGGCUCUACGGCCACACCGACGGGCACAGCUGGCAAGGUCUCUACGUAAACAGUGCAGUUACACGGCUGGUGGGGAGGCAGGUUGAGCGCGGUGUGGAGCUGGCAGAGGGGCAGUCGGACAAUGGCGAUGGUGCGCGCCUCGAGCCCCGUCCCGGCAGCCGGCCAGCUGGGGACAGUCCGUCACGACGCGUCACCGCGCUCGGCGCCGCCGCCGCCUGGUCUCGAAAUAAGCGGCACACAGAUUACUGUAGCUGUGGAGAGGCUGUAGGUGCGCCUACUUGUAAAUCGCUGGCUUUGUGUAACUUGGUGAUGUGUGUUGUUGCAGAAUUGAGCGAUGAUGACCUGGAGCUGAAGGAGUUGCUGUGCCGGGAGCUGCUGCAGCUGCUGGCGCUCACCAGGGUGGGCCGCUGCCGCCUCAGGGGUCUCUUCUUGUACGAGCUGCACUGCACCUUAUCUGAAAAAAUGCGUCGAAGUCCAUCACAUUCCAUCAAGACUGGGGAAUUGGAAGUGCUGGAGUGCCUGGAAGAGGCGGCGGACAUCUUCCGGCUGGAAGCGAUGGCGCCACCGGACCUGGCUUCGCGGCUGGAGGCCUGGAGGGAAGCCGCCGACCACCGCUGAGCGGCGCUGCAGUCUGCGAACAAGCCGGAUACAGCACUGGUGGCGCUCUCGAGUGCGUCUGGAAGUGGCUAUGAGAUUUGGCAAAACUUUAUUAUGUUACAAUGUUUACGUGUUAUACCUCAUUAAUUAUUUGUGAAGAAAAUACAAAAAUUGUUUCUUGAGCA